GCGCUGACAAAGUCUGUCAAUGUAUAAUGUUUUUAUAAUGCGAAAAGCAUGCGAUCUGCAUUCAACUGCACGGAACGUGAGGAAUUUCUGCAGAUAUUCAAAUAACACGCCCCCGAGCUCGAGCGCGUCAGGUUGAGGUACCACUCCUACAGCCUUACAUUUGGUUCAGACUGAUAACAUUAUAUAACACAUGCUUUUUAAUAAAGGACUAUUCGAUCUUCAGCGUCAUUAAAAAAAGGCUACGCAUCCCGGUGGUUUUCCCACACAUUCCUACCCUGUUGUAUUCAUCAUUUGUUGAGUCGCCAACAACGUGAUUAUGUAGAGUAACAAGUUACACUGAAACGCUCUCCUGUUUUACGGUUGAAAUGACAACAGCAAAGGGCUGAGCAGAUUUUUUUCUCUCUCUCUGCCCGUCUUCGUCUCUUCCACUCCGGUUGCUGAAUUCUCUGCCAAUUGAAGCCGUCAGGUGAAAUGCUCGAUAUAGCAAUAAAGAGAUCUGCAGCACUCACCCGUUGCCUUCAAGCCAUGUCUCUUUCUAAAAGUCACCCAAAACAGAGAUCAAUACAAUAACAAAACUACCAUAAGCGAAAGGCUUGCCUCUCUCUGCCUUUGGGAAGCACAUGCUCAGGGAUGCGAUGUGUUUGUGAUCUGUGCUUUGCAAAGAAGCUCGACACGGGUCCUUAUGCGCCUUCCUUAUUGCAAUGUUUUUUGCAUGUUACUGUGCAUUGAGGACUAAUGUGAAGAACAGGUCAGCUGCAGUACAAGGGUCCCCUCAUACUGCCCAGCCAACAUGUCUCAGCCCUGCCCUGACGACUGCUCCCUGGGUGAGAGAGUGAAGUACCGAUAUCAAGACGAAGACUCCCCACCACCAGAUCACGGCUUCCCUCGACUAACUAACGAGGUGCGACCCCCAGAGUUAGUCCACGUGUCUGAAAAAAAUUUGUCAGAGAUUGAAAAUGUCCAUGGCUAUGUUUCUCAUUCACACAUCUCUCCAUUAAAGCCCGCUCUGAUUACCCGUUUUGAUCUUACAUACCCGGGUCUGACUGCUGCAAACUACCUGGCCAGCCCUGCUCCCAUAAUUGUGAACACAGAAACCCUAGACACCGUGCCAUAUGUGAAUGGAACAGAAAUUGAAUAUGAGUUUGAAGAAAUCACACUGGAAAGGGGUAACUCAGGGUUGGGAUUUAGUAUCGCUGGAGGUACUGACAACCCCCACAUUGGAGAUGAUCCUGGCAUAUUUAUUACAAAAAUUAUACCAGGUGGUGCAGCAGCAGAAGAUGGGAGGCUUAGAGUUAACGAUUGUAUCCUGCGGGUGAACGACGUUGAUGUUUCUGAAGUCUCUCACAGUAAAGCCGUUGAAGCCUUAAAAGUGGCAGGUUCAAUAGUAAGACUAUAUGUCCGCAGGAGAAGACCAAUGCUAGAAACAGUAGUGGAAAUCAAACUUAUAAAAGGACCAAAAGGCAUGCACGUUAAGCCAGCUGGACUGGGUUUUAGCAUUGCAGGAGGAGUGGGAAACCAACACAUCCCAGGAGACAACAGCAUUUAUGUGACCAAAAUAAUUGAUGGUGGAGCAGCACAGAAAGAUGGGAGAUUGCAAGUGGGAGACAGGCUGCUUAUGGUUAACAACUACAGUUUGGAAGAAGUCAGUCAUGAGGAAGCUGUAGCCAUAUUAAAAAAUACGUCAGAUGUGGUCUAUUUGAAAGUUGGGAAGCCAACAAGCGUAUACCUUACAGAUCCAUAUGGACCACCUGAUAUCACCCACUCAUUUUCACCAACACUGGAAAAUCAUAUCUCAUCUCCAGGCAAUAAUGGUACUUUGGAGUAUAAAUCAACACUUCCUCCUAUUUCACCAGGAAGGUACUCUCCAAUUCCAAAACAUAUGCUUGGAGAAGAUGAUCUUAACAGGUUGGAUGGUUUUUCAUUUUUACGAAAUCCCUCUUUAGAUGAAGCAGACAGUCACAAGUUUGAUUCCCAGCACUUCCAGUUGAGGCCUCCUGAGCCAGUUUACAGCACUGUGAACAAACUCUGUGACAAACCACCUUCUCCCCGCCACUAUUCCCCUCUUGAAUGUGAUAAAAGCCUCCUUCACUCAGUUCCUUUCCCUCACUAUCACAUAGGCCUGCUUCCUGACUCUGAGAUCACCAGGGAACCUCGGAAGAUUGUUCUACACAAGGGCUCAACGGGACUUGGAUUCAAUAUUGUUGGAGGAGAAGAUGGCGAGGGAAUCUUUGUGUCCUUCAUCCUGGCAGGAGGACCAGCUGACCUCAGUGGGGAGCUAAGGAGAGGAGACCAAAUCCUAUCUGUAAAUGGCAUAGAUCUUCGUGGUGCUACACAUGAACAGGCAGCAGCUGCUCUGAAAGGAGCAGGGCAAACUGUAAACAUUAUUGCACAGUAUCGUCCGGAAGAAUACGGGCGGUUUGAAGCAAAAAUCCAUGAUUUGCGGGAGCAGAUGAUGAAUCACAGCAUGAGCUCGGGAUCAGGAUCCCUACGAACCAAUCAGAAGCGUUCCCUUUAUGUAAGGGCCCUUUUUGAUUAUGACAAAACAAAGGAUAGUGGACUUCCUAGUCAAGGCCUCAGCUUCAAAUAUGGAGAUAUUUUACAUGUCAUUAAUGCUUCUGAUGAUGAAUGGUGGCAAGCACGACGUGUUACACCCGAUGGAGACAGUGAAGAAAUGGGAGUCAUACCCAGCAAGAGAAGAGUGGAAAGAAAGGAAAGAGCACGGCUAAAGACAGUAAAAUUUAAUUCAAAGACAGGUGUAAUCGAUUCUAAAGGGUCAUUCAAUGACAAGCGUAAAAAGAGCUUCAUCUUUUCACGAAAGUUUCCAUUCCUCAAGAACAAGGAGCAGAGUGAACUGGAAAGCAGUGAUCCUGAACGAAGUCAAGAAGACUUUAUCCUUUCCUAUGAACCAGUCAUCCGGCAAGAAAUUAACUAUACCAGGCCUGUUAUCAUCCUUGGACCGAUGAAAGACAGAAUUAAUGAUGAUUUAAUAUCAGAAUUCCCUGAUAAAUUUGGAUCAUGUGUUCCACACACCACAAGACCAAAGCGAGACUAUGAAGUAGAUGGAAGGGACUACCACUUUGUCACAUCAAGAGAGCAAAUGGAGAAAGAUAUCCAAGAGCACAAGUUUAUUGAGGCUGGACAAUAUAAUGACAAUCUGUAUGGAACCAGCGUCCAAUCUGUCAAAUAUGUUGCAGAACGGGGCAAGCACUGUAUACUUGAUGUGUCAGGAAAUGCUAUUAAAAGAUUACAAGUUGCACAGCUUUAUCCAAUUGCCAUCUUCAUUAAGCCCAGAUCAGUUGAAUCAAUAAUGGAAAUGAAUAAAAGGCUGACAGAAGAACAAGCAAAGAAGACAUAUGACAGAGCAAUGAAGUUAGAGCAAGAAUUUGGCGAAUACUUUACAGCACUUGUUCAAGGAGAAACCUUAGAAGAAAUUUAUAAUCACUGCAAAUUAGUCAUAGAGGAACAAUCGGGACCCUACAUCUGGAUUCCUUCAAAAGAAAAACUAUAAAAGUCACUCCAGGAAUUAGAGACUGAAAUAGGAAUAGUUUGUAUUAUUAAUAUUACUAUUAUUAUUAUUAUAAAUAUUAUUAUUGCUAUUACAGAUUUUUUCAAUGUAACUGUUGCUGAAUGUACCACCACAAAGUGUUAAAAAGAAAAUGAAAAAUUACAUGUUUUAAAAAAGCUUUUCCCCCUUUUAAAAAAAAAUGUCAAUUUCGUGUUUUUUUUAAAGUAAUAUCAAAAUAUAUAUUUGAAAAAAACUCACUAAAAUUGUAUCAAAUCAAUUGGAUAAUUAUCAGCUCCAGUUGCUUUUCAAACCAAUGCACGCAUUCAGAAUGUGCUGAAGGUACACAUAGUGGACGAAACACGGUAACUUGUAUCUAUGCACUUAAUCUGGACAUGUAUUUUUGUUUGUUUAUUUGUUUGUAUUUAGGUGUUUUAUUUAUGUCUUUUGAGAAUUCAGUGGAAACACAACACAUCUAGUGUAUGCUUUAAUAAAUAUUAAACAAAAAAGGAAUACAACUGGGAAUAUGAAUUUUGACUAUAUAAAUAUACAUGUAUAUCUAUACAGUAUAUAUAUAUAUAUAUAUAUUUUGCUAUUUAUAUUAAUAGAGGGCACUACAGCACAUUCUAAAUAAUUUAUAAAGAAAUGAUGUCUUUGUAAAAUUAACAUUUUCUUCGUGAAAGGUACUGUUGUAUAGUAGACUUAUUGACUACUAGACCUAUUCAGUGAAAUGUGCAAUGACACCAAUGAGACCCCAGUUAUUAUGAGACUGUGGGGAAAUUUAUGUUUCAGUACCUUUAAAAAGCAACGCAAAAUCUUUCUGCCGAAACUAAAAAGAUUUUGCAAAGCUGCAUUGCAGCUUCUUCUUGAACUCUGGUGUGCAAUUCUUAUCAGAAGGUAACAGAUAAAUGGUACCUAUACAAAGAUAAUAAAAUACAUUUUACAAAGGAUUAAGAAGAAAAUUGUUGAGUAUUGGAAUUGUAUUAUUUCAGUUUUCUUUUCAGAAAAUGGGAAAGAUUUAAUUUAAUUCCAUUGAUUCAAAAACUCGUAAAAUCCUUCAUAACACCAAAAUUUAAAGCUCAUGUCACUAUAAUAUUUCCUGUAUAGGCUGCAUUUUGCUAAAUUUUCAUUUGUUGAAAAAACAAUGCACCUUAAAUGUUAUCUCUGAAUUAUUUAUGUUCAUAGGUUCCUUUGUUAAUCAUUUUAAGAAACUGUAAUUAUAUUUCUUGACAUGUAGCACUAGUAUAAUACAGGGUGGCAGGGAAGUGUAGCCUACCCUGGCAGUGUCAGACACAAGAAAGGAACCAAUCCCACAAUGGGACAUUAGAUUACUGCAGGGCACACUCAUGCCAGGCCAAUAUAAAGUCACUCAAGUGACCAAUGGCUUGUUGUUUAAACAGUGAGAUACAGCUUGUCUUAGAGGGAAAACAUCCAAUGAGAUGCCAUAAGAUGUAUUUGUUGCAAAUUAAGUGCCUCAGCCAAAACCUAAUGUGGGGUAAGUACUGCAAAGAGCAAAAACAUGUCGACUGUUAAACUGCUUGUUUUUAUUGGUUUGUCUUCAUGUUCAACACAGUAAAUAAAUGCUAUUGAAUGACAAAAGAAAAAAUAUUUUCAUUGUAAGAUAUAACCAUAAAAGAACUUUUGUGACAUGCUCUUUAAAUUUUAAAGCCUUCCUCUGCGUUUAAAUUUUAGAAUGGUAAAUCUAUUAUUGCUUUUUACUCAGGGCUGCUGGACUUUGGCUGAAAAAAAAAAGUAUACCUUCUACAUCAUCCUUGCAGUAACAAGGAGAUAUUCUUGCCUGAGAAUCUAAGCUCAUAACAAAAAAUUAAUGCAAAAUAAAAAAAGUAACCAUGGAAAAAAGUAAUAAAUAUUGCGCACUCCCAUCUGUACUUAUCAAAAAUUGCAUCUGCAUAUUUUUCUUCCAUUCUAUUUAAAGCAUGCAACUUAAAACAAAUGCUAUCCUUUCUUACUGUUUGUGCUGUAUUUUGCAGGUAUACUGUGGCUAAGUACAAUCAAAUCAUUAAAAAAACAUUGAUAGGAUGUUUGUAGUAUCAUUAUAUUAUUUAUUACCUUUAUUUAUGGUAUGUCGUAAUUUCCCCUAUUGCAGCAAGCAUUGCACUUACUUGCAGAAAGUGAUAGAAAUGUGUUUUCAUAAUUGAUUUAUUAUUAUUAUUUAAAUUAUUGUAGUUCUAAAGUCAUGAAACCAUAAUGUACAUAUUGCUUUUUAGUGUAAUGUGAGUUUAAUUUACAAAAAAAAAAACAAAAAAAACCAAGUAAUAAUAAUAAAGGAACAUUCCCCAGUAAACCACAGCUACAGGUAAUAUGCAGUUUUGAUGCCAGACCAAGAAUUCCAUACUUAUGCUUAGGCGCCCGUUGACUGUAGAUAGAUGAAAUUCAUUCAUUUCAUUGGUGUAAGAAAUAAAGCACACGUAAAUAUGAACUGAAAUGUACAUAUACCAUUAAUAUGAUGUGUCUGUUCUUUAAUUUAUUUUCAUUUUUAUUAAUUUUUUUUUCUAAAACGAGUUCUUUAAACAAUGUUAUGUAACCUUGAUUGCAUAAGAUAUCACUUUGAAUACAUUGCUUAAGGUAUAAAUGAAGGUAAUAUAUUCAAAAUAAGCAUCCAUUUCAGUUGUAAAUUAAAGGUUUGGUGAGAAUUUUAAAGGAAA